AGAGAGGGAAUAUCACUGACAUAUAGAGGAGGAAGGCAACAAAAGUGGAUCAAAUUGGAAAGAGCCACUAUGACUGCAGAUAGAUUAGAUCUCAGUGAUAUGUCUAGCAAUGGUAGAGUAACAGAAGGGAAAAUCAGCCGUUCUACAUUGGAUCAUUCGAGGAUGCUUCAAGGUGCAGAAUCAGCCUCUUGGGAGAUAAUGCUGUGAAGGCCCUGAGCAGCAAGGCGGCACACAGCCGAACCAAAGCCAGCAAGCUACAGCACAGGGUGGAGGCCUUGAACAGAUUCAAACGAGUGCAGAAAAAAAGACACCAUGAGGACAUCAAGGAAAGGAAGCGUGGAAAUGCCUGCUUUUGUAAGGCAACUGGUGAAGGAGACAGAGAAAAGGGUCACCUCCUUUUUUAAAGGGGGGCGAGGGGGAGGUGCAGGGGAGCUGUCUGAAGGCGAAGAGGGAGGAGAAGAAGAAGGGGUCAUCCCUAGCCCCUACUUGGACCGACCGGUUCUGGACAAGCACAUGCAAGAGGGCUGUGCCUCCUGGGGACUUACCUACGCCCUGGCCAGCAUGCAGGGUUGGAGGGCCCACAUGGAAGAUUUCCACAACUGCUUCCCUCAGCUAGGAGGGGAACUGGCCCACUGGGGGUUCUUCGCUGUGUAUGAUGGGCACGCAGGGAGUGUGGUGGCCCAACACUGCUCCCAAAACCUGCUGGACCACAUUCUGGGCACAGGCAAAAUCCGAGCAGGUGAGGAUGUACAAAGGGUCACUGAGGGCAUCAAGGAGGGCUUCUUUCUCAUGGACAAACACCUUCAUGCCAUGGCCUGCCGUGAGGGUUGGGAACGUGGAGGGACAACUGUCAUUGCCACCGCUAUCACUCCACACCACAUCUACUUUGUGAACUGCGGGGACUCUCGGGCGGUCUUGUGCCGUGCGGGGCGGGUGGCCUUCUCGACGGAAGACCACAAGCCCUUCAGCCCCGGCGAGAGAGAGAGGAUAGAGAACGCUGGAGGAUCGGUGACUGUGCAGCGCGUGAACGGCUCGCUGGCAGUCUCCCGGGCAUUGGGGGACUUCAGUUACAAGACAGCUGAGUGGCGGCCAGUCACAGAACAGAUGGUAUCGCCAGAGCCGGAAGUGUCUGCUGUGGAGCGCUCGCCAGCAGAUGAGUUUCUGGUUCUGGCCUGCGAUGGUGUGUGGGACACUAUCACUAAUGAAGAGCUCUGCGCCUUCAUACACAGCCGACUUCGUGUCUGCACAGACCUGAGAGAGGUCUGCUCCCAGGUCAUUGACCUUUGCCUCUAUAAGGGGAGCCUUGAUAACAUCAGCAUCAUUCUAGUCUGUUUCCAUGGCGCCCCCCAGCUGUCACCUGAAGCACUGCACCAGGAGGCUGAGCUGGAGGACUUUCUGGAGUCCAAAGUAGCUGAGAUAUUUGAGGAGCUGAGCUCAAGAGGUGAUGAGCCUGAUCUGCUGUCAGUUCUGACAGUACUGGCUUCAACAGUGAUUCCUGGACUUCCACCAGGGGGCGGCCUUCAGAGCAAACGGAACUGUAUCAUUUCAGCAUACUAUCAGCAGAAAGAGGCAUGGCGAUCUAGAUUAGCCCAGCGAGCUCAGUCCAGCUCAGUCAGGGUUGGGAAAAAAUUCAGAACUGAAGAAUUUGCUGUCUUUUAG